AGUUCAACUGUACUAAUCAAUGACUGAUGAACGGAUUUGAGAUCGAAUUGAAUUUGCAACGGCAAUGACCGUCCGGGAUCUAGGAGUGCUUCUGAAUGUGAUAAAUCAGGCUUAUUUAGAUGCUUGUGAAUCGAUCCUAACAGCAAUCGAAUCACACUCAACUCAACAUCAAGCUUAUGUAGCAACAAUUCGACAAAAUCUCCUUCAAGCAUUAAGUUCCAUUGUUCAUUAA